CCCUAGUUGUAGAUUGUCAUCUCUUCCUCUCAAGUAUAAAAAGACAACAUGGGAUCUCUUUUAAUUGGAAGGAAGGGCUACAAAAUUUCAUUGUUUGUGAUAGUAAACCUUUUCCUGAUUCUGAAUGUCCAUAAUAGCUUGAUUGCACCAGUAAGCGCCACAAGCAAAGUUCACAUAGUUUAUCUUGGUGAGAAGCAGCAUGAUGAUCCUGAGCUCAUCACUAAAUCACAUCAUGAAAUGCUGGAAUCAAUUGUUGGAAGCAAGGAGGCUGCUGCUGACUUGAUGGUUUACAGUUAUAAACAUGGUUUCUCUGGAUUCGCGGCCAAGCUUACUGAAUCUCAAGCUCAAAAACUUGCUGAGUUAUAUGGGGUUGUUCGUAUUACACCCAAUCAGUUUCAUUCACUGCAAACAACAAGAAGUUGGGAUUACCUCGAUCUUUCUUCUUAUUCUCCCAACAAUAUUCUGCAAGAUACCAACAUGGGAGAUGGAAUCAUCAUUGGUCUCCUUGACACAGGUGUAUGGCCAGAGUCAGAGAUAUUCAACGAUGAAGGGCUUGGUCCAAUCCCUACUCGUUGGAAGGGUCACUGUCAAUCCGGACAGCUCUUCAAUGGCACUACAGACUGUAACAGAAAAUUGAUAGGAGCAAAAUAUUUUAUUGAUGGUUUCCUAGCAGAAAAUCAGCAACCAUUUAACACCACUCAAAGUCCGGAUUAUAUGUCCCCUAGAGAUGUUGUUGGACAUGGCACUCACACAUCGACUAUUGCUGCCGGUUCUUUUGUGGCUAAUACAAGCUACAAAGGCAUUGCCUUAGGUACGGUGAGAGGUGGUGCCCCCCGGGCUCGUAUAGCCAUGUAUAAGGUAUGCUGGAAUGUGCCAGCAGGGCAAUGCUCAUCUGCUGAUAUAUUGAAAGCCUUUGAUGAAGCUAUACAUGACGGGGUUGAUUUGUUAUCUUUGUCUCUUGGCACACAAAUUCCUCUCUUUCCAGAAGUUGAUGAGCCUGAUGGAAUUUCUGUUGGUUCAUUCCACGCGGUUGCAAGGGGUAUUCCUGUUAUUUGUGCUGCUGCUAAUGAUGGACCUGCCGCUCAGACCGUUCACAACACUGCACCUUGGAUCUUAACAAUAGCAGCUACCACCAUUGAUCGGUCCUUUCCUACACCAAUUACACUUGGAAACAACAUAACUGUACUGGGUCAAGCUCUGUUUGCGGGGAAGGAAAUUGAUUUUACUGGUUUGGUGUACCCAGAGGUCCCAGGACUACGCCCCACAGUACCAGGAGUCUGCGAGUCCCUUUCACUUAAUAACACUUCAGUGGUUGGCAAAGUGGUUCUUUGCUUCACGACAGUCGCUAGGCGAUCUGCAAUGACUAGUGCUGUCACUGCUGUGAGAGCAGCGGGGGGUGUUGGGGUGAUUAUUGCUAGAAAUCCCAGUCAUCUCUUUGGACCUUGCAGUGAUGACUUUCCGUGCAUUGUAGUAGACUACGAGCUUGGCACCCAGAUACUAUUCUACAUUCGUUCCACCAGCUCUCCCACUGUAAAAUUGAGUACCUCUAGAACACUAGUGGGGAAGCCAGUUGCAACCAAGGUUGCCUACUUUUCAUCUAGGGGACCAAGCUCCAUUUCUCCAGCUAUUCUGAAACCGGAUAUAGCAGCACCUGGUGUAAGCAUAUUGGCUGCUAGUGCUCCAUUAGAUCCCUUCAUGGAUGCUGGGUUUGCCGUUCAUUCUGGUACGUCAAUGGCAGCUCCCAUUGUCUCAGGAAUUGUUGCACUUCUGAAAGCAGAACAUCCUGAUUGGUCCCCUGCUGCUAUUAGAUCUGCAAUUGUCACAACAGCAUGGAAAACUGAUCCUUUUGGAGAGCCUAUCUUUACGGAAGGGUCCCCUCGAAAGCUUGCUGAUCCAUUUGACUAUGGAGGUGGCCUUGUAAACCCUAGUAAGGCGUCGGAACCUGGUCUUAUAUAUGACAUGGGCACUGCUGACUACAUACAUUACCUUUGCGCUGUUGGUUACAAUGAGUCUUCUAUUUCUCAGCUUGUAGGACAAGCCACAAUGUGUCCUAGUACCAAGCCUUCCAUUCUGGAUGUAAAUCUACCUUCUAUCACCAUUCCAAAUCUAAAAGAAUCUGUUACCCUCAUUCGAAGUGUUACAAAUGUUGGUCCUCCCCACUCCAUAUACAAAUCCCUUAUUGAGCACCCAUUUGGCAUAGCUGUAGCUGUAAAACCUGACAUACUGGUUUUCAAUUCUAACACCAAAAUGAAUUCCUUCAAAGUUACAGUCUCAACCACCCACAAAGUGAACACGGGAUACUACUUUGGGAGCCUAACAUGGACUGAUGGAGUGCACAAUGUGACAAUUCCUAUAUCUGUGAGGACACAGAUUAUAGAAUUUUAUACUGAUGACAAUUGAAAAUUAAACCUCUUCAUUUGGGCUGGUAAUCUCUUUCUUGUUCCUCCCUAAUCUUCUUUAAUAAAAUACAAUAAACAUCGCAGAUACUUUAUUGGUAUCCAAGAUCUUCUGUAAAAAAAGUAUGCUUGUAUAAUUGAUAAAUAUUGGAGAAUAAAUCAAUCAGUUUGUUAACUUUG